UUCCUGGCUGUGUGAUUGGCUGCCGGGGCUUCAAUUGCCUCUUUGCUUUACAUUAGAGCAGAUUGAGAGAGAAAGAAAGGAGAGGGAGGAGAAACCCCCUCGCCGCUAUCAUAGCGGGACCAGAGCAUAACGGGACCAGGGAGAGGGGAGGCAGCUGAUCGUGGGACGGACUGUACCAACAGCACAAUAGCUUUCCUCUUACAGUAACGCACGCUGGCUCCAUGCUCGCCUCGCAAUAAGCAGCAGAAGCACAGUCAGUCAGUAAGAGUAUUCAGGCUCUGAUUCAUUGCUGCUGACCUUCACCUCAGGAUCAGCAGAAUUACCAUUGGAGACUUUUACUGGAGACAAAAGGGAUGAAAGAACUGCUGUCCGUGGUGGAAACAGACACGUGAAAGAUGAUGGGGGAUAAAUAAUGGCAAACAAUGCACCAGAGGAUGGAGCUGUAUUGAACUAAUAGCACUUUUCUAUUGAGCAACACCUCCAAAUAGAAAGCUCUAUGGGCCAACAGCAAGUGGAGGGAACAGAAUCCCAUUACCUUUGGAUUCAGGGAGUCAUUGUUCAUAUUAAAUUCACUAUGGGAUUCACAACAGUGUAUUGAUGGAAGCUAUGAAUAGAAAACACUUUUCGGGGGGGAAAAAAGACUUUUUUUUUGUUUUUCCAAAUUAACAUAAUACAGAAGGAAUAUGCUGUGCUGCUCUGAAUAUAUAGUUAGUCCAUUUCACAUUGAUAUAUCUUUUAUUCAUUGCACAAGAUAUAUAUUUGCUGAUCAUGGCUUUAGAAAUCCAUAAUGCACCGGCUUUAAUUGCCACAUAUCAACCUGACUGCAAUGACCAUGAAGAAAAAGAGGGACCCAGGGAAUAUGUGGAGAACUACAGGUCUCUAAGUCUGCCAGUCUUAAAUGGGUGUUGUAGAACUGCUUGUCAAGGGUUUGAAGGAAAACUGGUGGACACAACACAGACAAACUUGACUCGGGAUACGAAAAGAUUUUUGCACAAUUUUCAAGGUAAUAUUGAUGCUCAAGGGAGACUUUCUAGUGAUGUAACAUCUCAAAGUCAUGCAUCUUCCAGCAGGAUGGACAUUUCUUUUCAAACCACUAACUUUUUGGCAUUGGGAAACCCAGAAUCAAAUAGCAAUGGUGGCAAACGGAAAGGGCUCUCUCAGUCUUCAACAGCCUCCUCCAUAAGAAGCAGGAAAGGAGUUUUUAUUGCACUGGCAGACUCCCGGUGUUUUCUGGUAUGCAUGAGCUUUCUAACUUUUAUCCAGUCCUUAAUGGUCUGUGGUUAUUUAAGUAGUGUAAUCACUACCAUUGAAAGAAGGUAUAGUUUAAAGAGCUCUGAAUCGGGACUCUUGGUCAGCUGCUUUGAUAUAGGCAGUCUUCUGGUGGUGGUGUUUAUCAGCUACUUCGGCGGCAAAGGACAUAGGCCGCGAUGGCUGGCAAUAGGAGGCCUGCUCAUUGCUCUCGGAGCGGCUCUGUUUUCUUUACCUCACUUUAUUUCACCACCAUAUCAAAUUCAAGAGCUGAAUGCUUCAGUCUCAAAUGAAGGAUUGUGCAUGAAUGGCAACACUACGGCCAAAGAUUCAUUGGAGUCAUCAUUGUGCCCUGGUGAAUCAGGUGGGAAAGAUCACUCCCUUUAUGUAGCUUUAUUCAUCUGUGCCCAAAUACUGAUUGGCAUGGGAUCUACACCUAUUUAUACUCUGGGACCAACAUACUUAGACGAUAAUGUCAAGAAGGAGAAUGCAUCAUUGUAUCUAGCAAUUAUGUACGUCAUGGGUGCACUUGGCCCCGCUGCAGGGUACUUAGUGGGUGGAGUCCUCAUUGGGUUUUAUGUAGAUCCCAGAACCAUUGUCCACAUCGAGCAGAGUGAUCCCCGUUUCAUUGGGAACUGGUGGAGUGGAUUUCUGCUUUGUGCCAUGGCCAUGCUACUUGUCAUAUUCCCAAUGUUUACUUUUCCAAAAAAGCUUCCACCUCGACAGAGAAAGAAGAAAAAGAAAGGAAACUCGUAUGAUGUUUCCAGCGAAGAUGAUGUCAUGAAAGAGAAAUCAAGCAACAAAAUGAAAGCAAAUGCUGAUCCCGGUCCCUCUAUUGGCUUUGGGAAGGAUUUUAAAGACCUCCCAAGAGCAGCAGUCAGAAUUUUAAGCAACAUGACAUUCCUUUUUGUGAGUUUGUCAUACACAGCUGAGAGUGCCAUUGUCACCGCUUUUAUUACCUUCAUUCCCAAGUUCAUCGAGUCACAGUUUGGCAUCCCAGCUUCUAGUGCCAGCAUCUACACUGGCCUGAUCAUUGUGCCAAGUGCAGGGGUUGGCAUAGUACUGGGAGGUUAUAUCAUUAAGAAGUUGAAGCUUGGAGCAAGAGAAUCUGCAAAGCUGGCAAUGAUCUGCUGUGGUGUUUCCCUGCUCUGCUUUUCCACCUUGUUCAUUGUAGGAUGUGAUAGUAUUAACCUCGGGGGUAUUAACAUACCUUACACCACUGGACCCACACUCACCAUGACGCAGAGAAAUUUAACCGGUGGAUGCAACGUUAACUGCGGCUGUAAAAUUCAUGAAUAUGAGCCAGUCUGUGGUUCAGAUGGAAUAACCUAUUUCAAUCCCUGCCUUGCUGGUUGCAGCAGUGUGGGAAAUCAUAGUGUAGCGAUGAGAAAUUACACGGAAUGUGGCUGUGUCCAAAGUCGCCAGGUCAUCACUCCUCCAACUGGGGGACAACGUAGUCAGAUGCAAGUGGUCAUUGUGAAAACAUAUCUGAACGAGAAUGGCUACGCUGUGUCCGGGAAGUGCAACCGAACAUGCAAUACUCUUAUUCCGUUCCUUAUCUUCCUUUUCAUUGUUACACUCAUCACUGCUUGUGCUCAACCCUCUGCAAUCAUAGUGACACUCAGGUCAGUGGAUGAAGCAGAGAGGCCAUUCGCAUUAGGAAUGCAGUUUGUUCUGCUAAGGACUCUGGCUUACAUUCCCACUCCCAUUUAUUUUGGCGCAGUUAUUGACAGGACGUGCAUGCUCUGGCAGCAGGAUUGUGGCGUUCAGGGAUCUUGCUGGGAAUACAACGUGACAUCGUUUCGCUUUGUUUAUUUUGGAUUGGCAGCUGGUCUGAAAUUCUUAGGAUUCAUUUUUAUAUUUCUGGCCUGGUAUUCCAUAAAACACAAAGAGGAUCAAUUGCAGAGGAGCAGAUGGAGAGCGUCGCCAAUAAGCACAGUCAGUGAGAUGGUCGGCAAUGCGACCGCUGAGCAGAGUUAUGCACGCGCAAGGUCCUGUCCAGCUUUUGGUGCUAGGGAUGAACCCAAUGAAAAUAUAAACCACCUCAACCGAGGAAUCCAACACACAGCACAAACCUACACUGGAACUUUCCUAGAAGCAAUAAAUUCCUCCUUUGAAAACUCUCAAGAAGAAACCCCAGCUGAAACUUAGACCAGACAAUCAGUUUCAUGGACCUCUCGGUUCCUUGGAGGAGUUCAGUGUUGGCGCCUUGUGGAACACACGUGCCUUCUUUUUCAACUAAAAAGGAGAAAUCACAACGCAUUUUAUGAGUAGCUACAGGGUGAUUGAGGGCUGGUUACCUCAACAGUUCAUUUAUUCUCCUAAAUAAGUGGAGUUUUUAGUUUUUAGUAGUAUCUUCAUCUGUUCUCCUACCCUAUGUGAUAGAGUUACAAAAAUGUUCGAAGUUCAGCAAG